UGCGCGCGCAGAUUAGCUUGAGUAGGCGGUGCAAGAUGGCGGCGGCUGUCUUCCUGACUGCGCUACGGGGCCGGGGAGUCGGCGUCCAGCCGGCCUGCGUGUUACGGUACCUGAGCCAGGCCCAGGGACCUCCCAGUUACCCCAGCUUUGUGGAGUCUGUGGAUGAAUACAAGUUUGUGGAGCGCCUAUUACCCCCCACCAGCAUCCCCAAACCCCCAAAGCAUGAAUGUUUACCCACUCCAAGUGGCUGGCAGCCCCCUAGAGACCCCCCACCCAGCCUGCCCUAUUUUGUGCGGCGUUCUCGGAUGCACAACCUCCCCGUCUACAAGGACAUCACACAUGGCAACCGGCAGAUGACCGUGAUCCGGAAGGUGGAGGGGGACAUUUGGGCCCUGCAAAAGGAUGUGGAAGAUUUCCUGAGCCCACUGCUGGGGAAGGCACCCAUCACCCAGGUCAAUGAGGUGACAGGUACCCUGCGCGUCAAGGGCUACUUUGACCAGCAGCUCAAAGCCUGGCUCCUGGAGAAGGGCUUCUGAGGCCCAGCUGAGCAGCCGGCAUGACCGUAUCCCAGACUGGAGCCUGGGGGAUUUCAGGAGGGAGAGGCUGGUGCCCAAGGAAUAGGUUGCAGGACAAAGGGCUGGUGCAGAGGGAGAGCUAGUGGCUUCAGGAGUCAGGCCCUUCCACACAGGGGCCGGCACUGAGGGGUCCUGAACACUGGAGACCCUCCAGGAACAGCCCAGCUAGUGACAGCAGUGGCUGCAUUCUGCCCUCAACCCAACUAUGACCUGUUCCGGCCCCUUGAGGUCAGUUACUCAGGCUCCGAGGUUGUUGAUGGCUCUUUGCUGGAAGCUAUCAGCCGAGGUUGGGAGGCCCCUGGCAAAUGCAUGGGACACGGUUCCCCCUCAGCCCUCACAUGCUCAUGGCAAACAUUUCUGGGUCUGUGUUUUUGGCCAGACCUGACCUGGUGGUGGCAGUAAACACUGAGGACUCAGACAUGGGCCCUGAGGGCCUUCCGUCCUAAGCUCCAAGUCAGACUCUGGACUCUACCCGCAGAAGUGGAGGGCCCACGGCCUCUGUCCUGUCCCGGACCAGAGCUUGCCUGACUGGGCUGCCGACUCUGGGGAGUUCAGGGACUAGCUUUGGCUGGUCGACCUUCAAGGCUGUCUGGAGCUCCUAGCAGCGCCCCCAGGGCCAGCUAUCCCAGCUCACCCACCUCUGAGGGGCUGUACAGGUGGAGAUGCUGGCCUUUCACCUGGCCAUCCCAUCUGCCCCCGCCAAUGAACCUUUACACCUUCCCCAACCCUGGAGUUACAGCCCCCCUGGAGUGGAGCAACUUGGCCUGGUCAUCUGCGGCCUGCAGCAGGCACUUGACCUCUUUGGGGCUCGAUCCUGGAAAGUGGCUGUGCCUCCCUACUGGCCGACCUGUAACCAAGCCCCGCCUCCUGGAGACCCCAGGCCACCUCCAGUCUGCGACACCAACCCCAGCAGUUGUUAAUGCAAGUUUUUAUUUGGCUGUAUAUACAAUUUAAGCUAUUAAAAUUUGUACAAUAUUUACAAAUUAAAUAAUCAUCUGAAACUG